UGUGAUAUCACCAAGACAUACACAGAGGAACGCCUCCCGAUAAUAUCUCCAAAGUCCACGGCGACGCGGCCGCAACACCUCCCCCGCAUCGACCGCCCUCUUUGAAGUACAUAAUGUCAAUGUACGAGAGUCCUCCCGAUGGCCAUGUUAGCGGCAAUGGUAUGCAUGAGCUCGAGCUCGGCAAAGCCCCACAAGCUUGCAUGUCAUGCCGCAAGCAGAAGCGGAAAUGCAGCAAGACGCUGCCGGCUUGUGCUCUUUGCGAGAGGAUGAAUCGGCAUUGUGACUACUCCAACGCGGCACCACCUCCUUCGUCGGAAGACUUCAAUGCUCUUCGGCAGAAGCUUAUGGAGCUUGAGUCACGGUUGAACGGAGGUGGCAUGAAUCCACAAAUAUCUCCUUAUGCUACACCUUCCUCCACCACAAUGGCCACCUCGGACAACCUUGGACCACCUGUUCCCGCAUUUACACCACCACAAGACGCUCCCUGGCAAGGCAUCCAGAACAGAUUUCCAGCAAUUGCCUUUCUUGAUAGUGAUAAUUUCAAAUAUGGGGGCAUCGUCGUUCCAAAGCCAUCUUUGGAGAUACCAGUUGAUGUCCUUGAGCUCUUGGGAGACGCAGCAACUAUACAAGCGACAAUAUCCGAAUACUUUGCAACCAUUCACAAUUGGAUGCCGAUUUUCUCUCAAAAGCGGCUCACCCGAAAUAUGGUCAACCCCCUUUGGGAGGCUGGUCCUGACCUUGCGCUUUUGUUUCUUUGUAUGAAACUCAUAAUCUCACGACCACAGGAUGGCAUCGAAAGCUCUCAACACCCAAUUUAUGUGUCGGCUAAACGCUUUAUUGCUCUGCUAGAGGCUACUGGUGCAGCAACUUUGCUCAUGCUCCAGGCCAACAUUUUAGUUGCAUGGUAUGAGUACGGACAAGCCAUUUAUCCAGCUGCGUACAUGACUGCCGGUUGGUGUGUUAGAUAUGGCAACAUGCUGGGCAUCAGUGGCAACAAACAUGCUACCGAUUUACUCGGUCGCCCGGGUACCUGGACUGAGCAAGAGGAACGGAUGCGAACAUGGUGGGGUGUUCUCAUUGUCAACAGGAUUGUUUCACUUGGUAGCCAAUCAUAUGUUCUUAAUUCUCAAGAGCCCAAGAGUGACGAUCCUCUGCCUGUUAAUGAUUCUGCAUGGGAGGCUGGUGAGAUGACUGCUGCCAGACGAGCCGUAGUCGGCAGCCCAAUCAGCGAGCCCGUCACUUCAUUCCCACGCUUAUGUCAGGCUGUGAUAAUGAUGGGAAAAGUUUUCUCACAUCAUUAUGGAGACGAAUUUGCCUCUGAAGCCGACCAAUAUAAAGCAGCAAGUGAGCUGUACUCGGCGGCCUCGGCACUUGCAAGAAAGAUCCCAGAAGAGGCAGACGCAGAGCAGGAUUUUUUCGGUUAUGCUAGCGCGACAGCACUGACGUACAGCACUCUAUGUUCCCUUUGCGAGGUGUAUUCUUGUCCUAAAGGAAACUGCAAGUUAACCGGAAAAGAGUCGUCAGAGAUGCAAAUCCAGGCCAUCGAAGGUCUGAAGACCGUAUCCGGCACUAUUGUCAAUUUCGUUGACCAUAUCAAUGCCAACACACCACUUAGCCAGGAGCUAGAUAGAAUCAGCCCCAUUAUCAUGGACGCGCUGUAUUCUGCUGCCGCAAACUAUGCGUGGAUGGUUCGUGAGAGCGGCGACGAGGUAUACCAGAAUGCUUUAGACGCCAUUAGACUUUGUCUAAGAAAGCUUGGAACUCGCUGGAGAAAUGCGGCCGAGUACGUGCGCAUCUUGGAGGCGCAGGAGUUCUCCUAUGCCGUUGGUAGCGCAUCGUAAGGCGGAUGAUAUUUGGGCAGGGAGUCAGGCGAGGAUGGCAGGGAAACCAUGGGCGGGGUAAUUACGACAUUCACAUGAAUUCUGCUGCGCCCUGGCACACCUCACAAAUAUGGCGAACCUUUACUGUAAAGAUUGCAACACACAAGCGUUGAUCUUACUCUGCCCUUGUUGCUCUGUGUCAUAUGUCCCACUCCCUUCAAAAUCGAUUUCAAGGUCAAGGCACCUCUAAAGCAG